CCAUCAGGCUGUCCGGGUAUUACCCCCUGAUGGGUGUACGUGACUUUUGUCUUCACAAGGCCUGCAGAAUGUAGUGGAGAAGUUAAUUCUAUUUGUCCACACAAAAGCACUGGUGAUCACACUUCCUUGGUUGCAUCAAUUGUUUUGAAAUCAGUGUUUCGAGCCUUCCAUGUCUGGGAUGUCUGUCCAGUCUGCAGCAGCUGUAGGGAGUUGUACGGGCGACAGCCCACAUUGCACCUUAGCUCAAUGGUUUAAAGUGGUUCUUCUUGGGGAUGCAAGAGUUGGUAAGACUUCACUGAUAAGAUCCCUUAAAAAUGGCCAAGAAUCAUGGGAACUUCCAAAAGAGUAUGAACCAACUGCAGGGGCCUGGGUAACAAACUUUGAUUUGACAGACAGAUGUAGGCUCCUUAUUACUGACACAUCUGGAAGGCCAGAACAUACCUCUCUUGUCAAUCUCUACUUGAGGCAACUUCAUUGUGUUGUCUUUGUCUUUGCUCUUGACGAACUUUCAAGCUUCAAAAGUCUUAGUCACUGGUAUCAUGCUUUCAUCCAUGAGUUUACAGGUGAUGUAUCUAAGGUUGCAAAGUUUGUUGUUGGCACAAAGACAGAUGCACAGCACAAUACCACAUUGCAAAUGGAGGCAACAUCUUUUGCAGAAGAAAUUGGAGCAGAGGUGUGGAUCACUUCAGCAGCCAAAUCAUUUAACACUCAUGAGUUGUUAACCAGAAUUGCUAGAAUGGCCAAUACUGAUUUUCCUAGCUCAUUGCUUGAUGCAGAGGUUGCACCAAAAAGUGGCGAUUCUCUAGAUGGUCCUAUCACAAGUCUCGAUACAUACCUGUUGGAUGAUAUGUUCUUUGGAAAGGGAGCUUUUCUGAGGUACCCUGAUCCAGUCCUACUGAACACUGAAGAAGAAGAGAUUUCACACCUUGUGUUGUCCCAUCAGUGUGUCACUAUGACAGGAGAGAAUAAAGUCUUCAAAUGGGGCACCUGGUCCACAGGACGAUCAAAAGAGGCAGUGCUGAAGUCAGAAGGCACAAUGACAUCUGUAAACACGUCAAGCAAACUCUGGUCCUGCGUGAUGGCAAAUUCAAAGCCUAGCACAUGGCAGCAUGAAAACUUAGAGGGUGUUAUUAAGUAUGGUACCACAAUUAGAAGACAACCCACAAAGACCGAAUUCAGACGUGUCAAAAAGCUACUCUUCACUUCGCGAGACAAGUUGGGCCAAGAAAGGGAACAUGGCAUUUUCUACAUGCUGCUUCAAUCAGAAGACGAUACCCCUUCAGAAGUUGGCUUGAACUCGGUUUUUUGCAAAAUGAGUAAGACAAAUUUCUCGGAGAAAAGAGUUAUUGAGAAUAAUUUUCGUUUCAAACCCGUACCAAUUUCUGGAAGUGUGACAUGUAUGAGUAUGUCUUCUGGUCAUGCAGCUGUUGUUAACGACGACAACAAAGGCGUUUCAACUUGGGGCCGUGGAGAAGAUGGUGUACUUGGCCUUGAGGAGCACUUGAUUUCAAAUUUUGAUCCCCCUUCUCCAACACCUGUAACAUCGAUAAAUUGUCAAGUGAAAGAGGUAUGCUGUGGCGCAGAGUUCACGUUGAUAUUGACAAAUGAAGGGCAGGUCUAUUCUUGCGGAUCAGGCGCUUUGGGAAAGUUGGGUCAUGGAGACGAAACAGACAGACCUUUGCCAUCGUUGAUUGAAUCACUUUGGAACAUCCAAUCAAUUGCUGCAGGAGGUUACCAUGCGGUGGCACUAACGAACAGCGGUGUGCUGUACCAGUGGGGACAGGAGUGUGCAAACGAAGCUCUAACAAAGUUCACAGUUCCCACAAAAGUGAGUCAAAUCGACAAUGUGCGCGUGACAUCGGUGGCUUGUGGCACACAUCACUCUGUGUGCAUGGCUAAUUGGUUGGGGUGGUACACGGGAAUCCCGUAUGCGUGGGGACGGGGUACGCAUGGUCGACUGGGGCUGGGUCAUCGCCAAAAUUUGUAUGUCCCACGCUGUAUCAACGCAUUAUAUUCCACUAGUACGUUUGUGAAGCAAGUGUCAGCUGGCGGGAAACACAGCGGUUUUCUGACUGUGCAAGGGGAAGUGUACACGUGUGGUAACAAUGCUUUUGGACAGCUCGGUUACUUUACUCCUUCUAGAGACAGUGAUGUGCCGCGUAAGGUCUGUCUCGGAAAGAACUCAACAGGAAAUGAAAUCAGAGCCGAAGAACUGGUCUGCAAGGAAGACUACACGAUGAUUUUAACUACUGAUGGGGAUGUAAUGCUGUGGGGAAAGUGCUACUAUGGAUCAAAGUUGGAAGAUCCGAUACCCCUUGACGUAAAAAGCAGUGCCAUCACAGAUGCCACUGAUCAAGACUUGAGCAUCAAGGAUGUCACCACGUGUUAUGUGCCAUCGGGAGAUUCAUAUAUCGAGCUCGUUGUGGCUCUGACCAACGCCAGCAAUCUGUUAUUUUGCGCUGGAAUCACACCUGAGUCUGAUUGCCAGACUAUGGAGGAUCGCACACUGCAGAUUCGCUGUAACAAGUCAAACUUGACUACUCUUUGUUCUGUGGGAUCCGUUUUGGUCAGCAUGGAUCAACAAGGCAAAGCCUAUUAUGUGAACAUCUGGCGGUGGUUGUUGAAACUUUUGUCACUAAACCCGCAGGGAAAGAAGACGCCUACAGACCUCACACAUGCUUUGUUCUCCAAGCUGAAUGAAUCAGACAUAGGACACUUACCCACUGUAGAGUUCGCUGCGGUAAACGUUUGUGCAAGUGUAACGGCAAUCGAGGCUAGUCUCAGUACGUUUGUCUUUUGCUCUAACAUUGGCGAUUUGUACAGUUGGUCCCCCAUGAAAGGCGGAGAUGUCGUUCAUCACAAAGAAUUGGACAAUGAAAUCAUCGUGCAAAUUGCUUGUGGGGCGAGCCACCUGGCUGCUUUAUCAGACAACGGAAUACUUUACACAUGUGGGGAUGGACGAUCAGGCCAGUUGGGACUUGGCACUUUUCAAACUACCCAGACGUUCAAGAUAGUGCCGUUAACAGAUUUCCACAGGGCACAAGCUGUAUGUUGUGGCUGGGCAAGCACUGCCGUUCUCACAGAAAAUGGAAAGGUGUUCUUUUGGGGUCAGCUAGAUUUGCCAAAGGGAGAGAAGGCCAGAAGAAAACAAUCGAGCAUCACUACUUCAACAGAACCCUUUGAUACUGUAACUCUUCAGCGAAAGGAAGACCGUGGCCCUUCUCCAGCAGAGUACAAAGUAGAAUUUACGGGCGAUACUGGAAUCGUACAGCAUCACCUUGCCGUAGUCGGUAGGCCAUUCGAGGUCAAAAUUCUGCAGAGAGAUGGAAACACUGGCAGUAGUUCUUGUACGGAGUUUCGAGCUGAAGCAGUUGACUUCCAAGACUCGAAAGAAGUCCACUCUAAAGGUAAUAUCAAACAGUCACAGAAAGGCGAUGGGACGUACGUUGCAUCCCUGGUUUUCUGUUCCGAAGGUUCCUUCAGAGUUUCCAUAACUCGAAAUGGAAAGAACGUGCUUGGAAGCCCAUUCAAAGUGAAUGCAGAGAAAGGUGUUUUUACCAAAAGGAGUAAGUUAUCUCUGAUUGGCUCCGACAUUGAGUGCAUGAAAGCAGUGGGUGGUGUUCUGCAGAAGGCCAUCGAUGCUGCAGACUCGAGAGUUGAGUUAUGGGGAGUACCCAGCCUUACCGCCGACCUUGUUACUCAGGAAGCCCUGAUGUUAUCCUCGAUCACCGACGGAGGAAUCUAUAUCUACGUAUGGGAUGUCUUUUGUGGAAAUCUUUCCGAGGAAAACCUCAACUUCUGGCUGUACCUGCUGUCACUGCAAGCUCCUUCUGCCAAUGUAAUUCUCUUAGGUGUAAAUAUAAGUAAAACACACGCCAAUGAAAUUGAUCUGAAACCAUUCCAAAACGUAAAUCCAAUGAUGCAGCGAUCCAUCUUUGUUGGGACCACUUUUGCUUCAGAACCUGGCAAACUAUUGGACGAAGUACUGUUGGUGGUAAGCGAAACAAACUACUACCAAAGUCUUGUGUGGUAUCGACUAGAAAGUCUGGCUUCAAAGGUUCUUGAAAUGAAGAGGAGCGGCAUUGAGGUUCUUGAUCAUUCCACCUUCAAGUGCAUCGCCAGUGAGUGCGGAAUCCAGAGGGACUUUCUCAGCAAGAAAGCUGCCGAAUACCUUGAGUUGACCGGAAUGGGUCUGAGAUUAGGAGGAGACUCUUUCUUCUUCGUUCUUCAACCACUCUGGUUGGCAAGGCACCUAACUGAAGUAGCCAGAUUCAGUCACUUUGGAGCACUAGACAGGAACACGUUAGAUUCCACAAAGCAGCACAUUGUCAACUUGUUGAUUGAAAAGCGUGUGGCCGUCGAGAGGAUGGACAAGCGUACAAUCGACAUCAUUCCUUAUCUCCCUCUGAUAGCAAAGGAGAAUUGGCCCUUGGUUGACGAGUCAAAUCAUACAAUCUACAGGCAUUUGGUGCUCACAGCGCCGCCCUAUCACAUCCAUUCCAUCUUCCAAAGUCUCGUUGCGAACGUUGUGCAGGAAUACAGACGUGUAACCCUUGGAAAAUACUUUUUGGUCAUCUACAGCGAUCAUUAUGACUGCCGUGUUGACUGUGGACCUUACAUGAUCAACAAAACUAUGACACAGGUAAGGGUCAUUGUGCGGGCAGGAAGCCAAGAUAUAUGCAGAACAGGUGCAGAAACAGCAGUGGGUUUCCUCCAAAGAUGCUUUGCCAAAUUUGGAAGCUCGUACGAGAUCAGUGUAAAGGUAUCUUGCAGCUCGUGUAGGCAGGACUAUGUUGAUUUGUCCGUUGUACAAGAGGCAGCAGCACAAGGCAAGACCGAACGUGAGUGUGGAAGAUGUCAUAGAAAGAGGUUGUCAGUUGAUGACUUGUUGAAUGGUUUCAAAGAUACUCGGCCGAUCGAAGAGUUAGUCUGGCAUCCUUACCACAGGUUACAACAUCCAGCCCCAAGUGGCCCAUACCCCAGAGCGGACAUUUCCACCUCAACUGACAUGCUGUUACGACCCCUGGUGCGAUACUUUGGUGAUGGGGACGAGACGCUGCUAAAGGGAAUCAAAGCAAUGUUUGAAGAUAUGACCAAGGUUUUCAUGGACUUAAAAAAUUGCGACGUUCCAAGGACCGUCUGUCUUUUACCAGAGUUGCAGAGAUCUUCUGUUUUUAAUACCAAUGCUAUCAAAAUGCUUUUGACGUAUGGUCAGCCAAAGUAUAGGCUGUUUCUACUCUGUGAAGGAAAUGGAGAUGGGACUGGGGUACACUUUCUUGACCACAGCAAGCACAAAGGCUACAUGCUGGAGACCAAUGCAGCUGAAGGCCUAAUCAAGGAAAGCGUUGAACUGUUGCGGUUUGCCUUGCAGCUUCUUAUUUCAUUUUCGACUGGGGCUAACUUCGCCAGAGGCUUAGGCCUUUUUGACGUUGAGGGAACUCUGAACAACAUACUUGGUACGGUUGGCCUGAGUGGAACCAUGCUUUGCACCGUUCCAUGGAAGAAUAUCUUCAAAGAGAUGGAUGGAUUUAUCAAGAGCAUGCAAGAAGUGUCAGACUCCAUUCGACAACCUAAGGACCUCAGCACGUUAUCUGGUCUGGAUCGUGGGUAUCGAGUGGGAGGUGAAAGCUACGAGUAUUUACGUAAACUUCUAUCCGAGUUUAAAACCAUAGACGACUUUGGCGGGUUACGACAGGAACCUCGUGAAGGGAUUGGAGCUAUUUGGGUUUGCUCAGAAGUGGAAAAAUGCGCGCAACAUGUUACGCCACACAGUGCCACGUUCAGGCCUUUACAAUGA